AUGGACACCUGCAACUUGGAAAUUCUCGAUAUUCAUUCGAACUCGCGUUAUGUAGAAGAUUAUUUGGAGCGUUUUGAGAUUUGGUGUCUCACCCGCAAAAGUCUGGACGCCGAGAAGAAGACAGCACAUUUUCUGUCAGCUGUUGGGAAGGAAGCUUAUGCGCUGAUUAAAAAUUUGGCAUUCCCAGAGUCACCAAUUCAACUGAAGUAUGAAGAACUCAAGGAUUUGUUACUAAAACACUUCCAGCCAGUCAACUUCGAAGCAACUGAGCGAGCAAAAUUUCAUUGCCUUGCUCGUGAUCCUAAUUAG